AUCAAGUACCCCAGAGCUCGUAUUCAGUAUGCACUCCACCAUCAACCAGGUAGAAAGAUGUGUGGUUCGGCAAGUAAAAGUGCAUGGUAGCGAGCUGCGUGACACUGUGACAGCGGCGAGUUUGAUCACUUUUGAUUGACAUGCCUGCCAAAACCUUCUUCCCAGCGAACUAGCAUGGCACGUCUUACACGCAGAACUAGAACAAAAUGGCCCGCAUGGCACCCCGAACAACUCUGUCUCCACGCCACCCCGCCUGGCCAACUGAAGGCCUGAAAAGCUGCCAUCAGUAAAGGGAUCACCCCUCCCUCUCCCUCUCACUGCUCACUCACUCUGGUGAUAAUCUCCUUUUUUUUCUUCUUUUCCUUCUCACACAAUCAAAUCAUCCUGACUCCCUGAUCCAACCGAAAACCCAAUCUGCUACUGGGUUGAAGAGGCGUGCUUUCCCCUCUCCUCUCCCCCACCGUACGCACGAUGGAGAUGAACACCAACGCAAGAGAGCUCCAUGAGCUGGAACAAGAAUUGCACAUCGACAUUGUCCCCGGGACGGAGGUCAUGACAGAUGUCGGCUCUCAUCACUUCGUCAAAGGUGGUGGUGCUUCUUCGCAGGUGCUGGUGCCGCAGCCCUCAGAGCACCCGCACGAUCCCUUGAAUUGGAGCCAGUGGUGGAAGAUGCUCUGCAUCACAUCGACGACCGUGGUCACUUUCACACAAGGCUUUGGGCCAUUGGCGCUAGCGCCCAUGUUUGGCGAUUACAUCAAAGAAUUCGAUUCGAACCUGCACGAUGUGGUCAAGUUCACGGGAGUCUGUAUCCUCGUGUUGGGUUUCAGCAACUUCAUCUGGGUACCAAUCAGCACGUCUUGUGGUCGACGGCCCGUCUUCAUCCUUUCGCAGAUUGUCUGUUUGGUCGCCUCGAUAUGGCGAGCACGAGCAACAUCCUACGGUUCUUUCAUGGGCGCAUGCAUUCUGAAUGGCAUUGGGGCGGGCCCUGCCGAGACGAUACAGCCUGCAGUCAUUGCCGAUAUCUUCUUCCUACAUGACCGUGGCUUCUGGAACACACUCUACUGGGUGGCGUACAUGGGCAGCUUGAUGGUGGGACCGAUUGUCAGCGGGUCCAUGGCCUUGCACCUCGGAUGGCGAAGUUUCUGGUGGCUCAAUGUUGGGCUCCUCGGCCUCUCGCUCGCCAUGGUCAUCUUCAUGUUCCCCGAAACCAAAUGGCAUCGUCUUCACCCAGACGAGAUUGGUACUUCGUCAGACCUCAAGACAGUGGACACCAAGAACUCAACCAGUGCCGACACGAUUGAGCGGCCAAUGACCUCGAGAAGCAGAAUGGUUCUCGCAGAUGAAUGGCACGAGGACACGGAAAAAAGCACCAGUGGUGGCAACAUCACGCGCGUGCAGAGCAAUCACCACCCCCAUCAUUCUACCACCUCCGCCAACAACAACCGCGUUCCCUGGCUGGGAAAAGGCGCACCCGGCCGAUCGCAAUGGGGAAUCUACACGCCGACCGCCAACCCGUGGAAAAGCAUCUUCAUCGACCUCUGGACUCCGUGGAAACUCUUCGCCUUCCCCAUUGUAGAAUUCGCGUCCUUUGUCGUCUCCUGGUCCUGCAGUUCCUUUUUGACCGUCAAUCUCACCCAAUCGCAAGCCUUUGCCGCACCACCCUACAAUUUCAGCUCACAAACGAUUGGAUUUUUCAAUUUUGCCAUUUUGGGAGGCUCAAUGCUGGGUCUAUUCACGGCAGGACCACUCUCGGAUUGGGUCAGUGCACGAGCCACGAAGAAGAAUCGUGGAAUUCGUGAGCCCGAAAUGCGUUUACCUGCUAUGAUCCCCUACGUCUUCAUCAUGAUCCUCGGAAACUGCAUCGUAGCCUUCGGCUACGACAACCACUGGCCGUGGCAACUCAUCGUCAUCCUCGGCUACGCCUGCGCCGGAAUCCAAGUCGCCGCCUUACCAGCAAUGGUCACCACGUACGCCGUCGAUUCCUACAAACCCGUCGCCGGAUCUCUCAUGGUCUCGAUUACCGUCAACAAGAAUUUAUGGGGAUAUGGUUUUUCCGAAUUCAUUACGCCGUGGGCGACCAAGCACGGUUUUGUUCCGCCCAUUAUGACGAAUAUGAGUUUGGUCACGUUGUGGUGUGCGUUGGGGGUUGUGUUUUAUUUUUGGGGGAAACAGUUUCGGAGGUGGUCGAGGAAUUCGGGCGUGCAUCGGUUGUAGUAGAGAUGGGAAAGGGAAAGAAGGAGAAGAGGGAGAGGGAGAGGGAGAGGGAGCAG